CACGGUGCGAAAAACUUGUAAACACUGUUUUCCCGUUGGGAACGUGUUGCUCCAGCCAAACGGGAUUUUUUCGGCAGUUUUUUUGGCCGUUGUGCUAUGAUCGCCUGGUUGCGCUGUGCCUCGCUGGAUGUAGAGUGAUUGUUCACAUCGCUAUUUCAUCCUGCCAAGAUGUAGUGUGCGCAGAAAAAAGGAAGAUCUUCUGGUGUGCUCCAAGCUACCUGCCGAGUUUUGACUUGUAGGCCUAAUUUUCACCGAGGGAAAUGGUGCUCAUCCAGCUGAAGUUCCCUGCCGCUGACUGUUUGGUCAACAUGAGAGAGCACUGAGGGGCUCUGGUCUGCCCACAAUGUCCGGCAAGAUCGCUUCGAGCGUGGAGCGUGAUGCCCUUCGAGAGCGGGAGCGACAGGCCCGCGCACUUCGCGCGGGUGUGGGCGGAGGAGAUUCGGGAGGACAUCCCAUCUUCAGGGCCCCCAUUAAGGUGGAUCCGGGCCAGGAAGACGAGCUGUCCCGACGCAUCAAGAACACCCUGGGUGACUUCAACCAGGUGCAGCGGCUCCUCUCGCACGAUCCCAACCACCUGAUUGGCAUCUCGCGCACCAAUGCGGCCGCGCAAACUCGGGCGCCACCUGCCGUUAGCAACCCCGUCAAUGGCAGCAGCAGCACGGCCUCCACGUGGAAUGGCAACGCCACGGAUCCUGGAGGAACAAGGAGUAGCAGCAGCAAUAGCAGCAGCUCGCUGGCUAAGCAGCAACACCAUAGUAAUAGUGUCAGCAGCAGCAGCAGUGGUGGUGCCAGCAGUGGUGGCAGCGCGCAUCCUGCUAGCCAGUCCAGCAGUAACAAUCAACAGCAGGGUUCCUCUCACCACAGCAGCUCAAGCCACCGCUCACACCAUGGCAGCAGUCACCACUCUCACCACCACUCUCACCAUCAUCACAAGAAGCAGCAGCCGCACCAGCCUCCGCCGCUGAUGAAUGGCCAGUACAAGUCCUCGUCUACUUCCUCGUCGUCCUCGGCAGCCGGCAAGAAUAGCAGGCACUUGUCCCAGCCACCGCAGGGCUCCAGCCACCACCACCACCAGUCAAGGGGCAGCUCUCAUGAGCAAGUACGGCUAGAGGAUGCAGCAUCAAAUCCUAAGGCAAGCUCUUUGCCCGCUUCAAGUGUGGCCUCGAGCGCAGCCUCCACCACAAACCCACCCAUGGCACCAUCGAGUCAAGGCCCUCCGAAUGGCCUUGUCGUUCGACCACCCGCCAUGCGUGCACCCUCCAAGGAUGUGAACAACGGAAACAGUUCAGCCUCAGCACAGCACCAGUCGUCUACAAAUUCCUCAUCGCUCACGGUGCGCACAGAAAGCAAUGGCCCAGCAACAGGUAGCACCAAGUCUUCUUCGGCGCCAAGGAGCUCUGCAUCUGACUCCAAACCCAAGCGGCCUGCGCCUCGGCUCCAAAUUUCAGCCCCCUCAUCAGAUAGUGGGACUGCCAGCACACUUCCGGAACUGGAAACGAUUCUCAAGGAGAUGAAGAAAGUUCCACCAGUGUUGACAGCGAUUGAGACCCCUAGGAAAGAGGAAUGCCGGCCUUAUUUUCCUACAACCCCGGUGCAGGACCCAGUGCCUAAUCACCUAGACGAAAACGGUGACUCAAAGCAUCUGCUUGACCCUAGGAAAGUGGCCAGCCCUCCGGGCAGCAGUCUUCAGGAUGACCUGGAGAUGAGCGAUAGCGACGAUGAGCAGGAGCCGCCAUUUCGCAAGACGUCGUCUUCGCUUGGUUUCUCCAUAUCGAAGAACCCGUCUUCUCCAAAUGAAAGCAUCCUUCAGCCACCAUCGCUUGUUGAGAAGAUGUCAUCAUCAGAGUCAAGUUCCAGUGACUCUGAUGACUCCUCCUCGGCAUCAGGCUCGGGAAGUGAUUCUGAAAGCUCAGACAGCGAUGGCUCUGCUCCAGAAACAAGCAGAGAGCCUAGCACCCAGAGUUGGAAGCUGGCUGACCUUAUUGAGAAGCGUAGCUCUCCUGUGGGUUUGGGAGCCGGGCUGGCCCCCAUGGGUCGGCAGUCGCGAGCAGAGGAUUCCCUUGUGGAUGAGGACUCCUUCACGCCUAUCCUCUCCCAGUACCCAAACAGAGAUGCUGACCUUGGCCUCAUGCUCAAAAGUCCCAGUCCUGAAGGCUUGGACCUGAUUCGCUCACCUGUCACCAAGCCAUCAAAUUUUCUUCUUUCCCCGGUGCACUCAAGCCCAUCCCGGAGUCCGCCGCCCCUGACCGCACGAGCUGUUCCACGUAGUCCGUCACCUCAGGGCCACCAACCUGCGAAGCCCCCGACGGGCGUGACGGCCGUUGUGUCCGACGAAGAGGGUCCCUGCCAAAUGCAGAAUGGCAGGAUAACCAUGAGGCUGGGCAAGCAGCAGCCACCACCGCCCAAGUCGGAACCCGAACCCCCAGUAGCCAAACAACAGCCAGAGCCAGUGAAACGGUCAUGGCCGUCCAAGGCUGCAAAGAAAGAGACUAGUCCCAGCCUGGCCCCCCCUCUGAGGAACAAGGCAUCCGCUACCCCUGUCCUGCCUGUUAAGACUGAACCAGCGGAAGGCGAUGUCAUGGCCAGAGAACAUACACCCAUUGGCAUUACUCCAGCAGUCAGUCGGGCGACUUCGAAGCGGAGUCAGUCGGACCGCUACAACGAAAAACGUUCCAAAAUUCACAAGCCACGCCUGGUGCUGUCCGACUCGUCCAGUGAGGAUGAAGGGCCACCACCUCCUUCGGCCGCGGGGCGACUGUCAUCCAGCGAGGACAGCCGAGCUGAACAACGAAAUUCCACUGUGGCUGCUACGUCACGCGGCCGACCCCCCAAGCCGUCGCGCACCGAUUCCAAUGUGCAAAAGGAUGAGCUGGUUGUACCCAAGAGGGAAGGGAUGGGCAUGCCACGGACUCCUCCCGAACCUCCUUCACUGUUGUCUCCUAUUGGGCAGCGCAGUGGCAGUGAAGUCCGAGAGAGUGCGCCUGCCUCGACGAACAGCAUGGUUGUCUCCAUUGCCUUGAGCCGCCUCCUUCGGUUGCCAGGACGACUAGGCGGGCAGCAGCCGUCUCCGCUCCUCCCAAAAGAGCACCCGUUGGACACUGGGCCGGCUACACUUAAUCAGAAGCCCGAUGGGUCAAAACAUAGCCUGACCAACAGUGCAGUGUCUUCCCCGGUAAAGGGCAAGUCAAGCUCGAAAAGAAAAAGCGUUCCUGACGAGGAUAGGGGAAGCAGAGAGCAAGAAAAGAAGCGGCGAGUGUCAACUAGCUCCAGUGGCUCGCUACGAGUCAAGCGAGAGACAGCUGAACUACCUCGGCCAGAUGAUGAAUCGGAGAGCAGGCACGCAUGGCCUGAGCCUCUACGCUCAUGUGACAGCCCCAGCAGUUUGAGUUCGUACUCAAGUCAGCGGAGUGGCUCUCGGCAACACCGUGGGCGACCUUCUUCAUCCAGCCGGAGUCGCUCCGAGAAAGGUGCGUCCCGGAGAGAAACGACGCCUUCUAGUGAAAAGUCCAAGAGGCAUCACAAUCACCACCGGGACAAGAAAGAGUCAUCUGGCUCGAGAACCCGAUCCCAUUUGGAUGGGGCAUCAUCGUCGAGCAAGUCUCGGACUGCUCCCGACGAUCCUUGCUCAGACCCCGGUGCCAUGGCAGGCAGCACAGAUGUUGCCUCUUCUAGUCAGGUGAAUUCGUGGGAGGGGCUUCUGUCGAGCUCAGACCAGAGUGAAGUGCAUGGGCACGAAACGCCCGGCAGCCGCAUGGGCAGUGGGGGGAUGUCGUCGUCGACCUUGCCAGUCGGGACUGGAGGCCUCCUGACGGUGAAGAAGGAGGAGCCCGCCGACAGGCAUAGCCAGCAGGGCAACCCCUCCCAGCUGCUAUCCUACAACUCGCACCAGGAGUGGGAGGCAAAAACUAGCAGCUCAGACUACUUUCUGUGCGAGGCGAAGCGACUGAAACACGAGGCUGAUCGGGAAGUGCACCGGACAGCACAGGCGGUCAAGUAUUUAGAAGCGGUGCUCUACUUCAUCCUGACGGGCAAUGCUAUGGAGCACGGCCGGGCUGACCUUGACAAUGUGUACCGCAUGUACAAGGAAACACUCAAUCUCAUCAAGUACAUUUCAUCAAAAUUUCAGAAGCUCCAGAAUGAUGCUUAUGGCAGCAUUGACAACAAACUUGCCGUGCUUAGCCUACGGUGUCAAUCUUUAUUGUACAAAAAGCUCUACGAGUUGCACAAGAACGAUGUCCGUGAGAACAUGCGCGCCCUGACCGAGUUCCAGAAGUGCCCAUUGGGCAAGCUUGCCUCGCCGCCCCUGGCUCCAGCAGGCGUUCGCCUGCAGCGGUCCCCGUGCCAGCCGUCUCCGCAUUCGCCCACGCCUUCACCUGCGGGUAGUGUGGGCUCCCAGAGCAGCGGCUACAGCAGCUGUGAGCUGGCCAGCAACGGCCACGGGGGAAGCCGACAACAGCCAACAGCGGCCACUGUGGUGCCAGCCAUAGCCCCAGCAGCGGCAGCGCCCCCACCGGGAGCAGUAGCCCUACCGCAGUCCCAGUACCUGAUGCUGCAGCGCCAAUUGGCGAACCUGACGUGCCUGUACCGUUGCCACGACAUGUGGGAGCAGGCCGACUCUCUCACCAGCCGCUCACACUCUAGAGAGUUUUUCGAGGAGCUUGACCGGGACUGUGGCAAACUGACCCUGCACAGCUCGUGCUCAGAGCUAGUGAAGUACAUUCAGGAAGGUGUGUGCCGACUACGGCAGCGGUUCACCACCUGUUCCAUGGACACCACGUGAUGGGGGCUGUCCCCUGCUGUCGUCGCCUGCGUUGCCACCACCAGCACCGUGAGCUCGAUGCCGCACGAGGCACGGCUUUUGUGAACUGUGGCCGUCACGGGUGACCCCGCAGAGGCAUUUCUCCUUCACCCAGUGCUUUUGUGCUGCAAUAUGUACACAUACACACGACGUGUUUUGUUCGCCUUUUUUUUCUUCCCCCUCGUUGUUGUUCUUUUAAUUAGGGCUUCUUCACAACUGUUUCUCAAUGCGACACCCUCACUUUUCUCUGUAUUUUUUUUUCUCUUUGUUUUAGAGCCUGUUCUGAGAGCUGUUUGUUCUUGUUGCUGCCCAUAACCAUUGUUGUUGUGGUUGACGUUUGUGUACAUAAAAAGUGGGUGUGUGGAAAGACAGGUGAAGGAGGCUGAGAGGAAAGGAGUGUAAGGUGAAAGUGUACAUAAGCAGGCGAUGAGGCAAGCACUGUUUGUUGUUCCUCUCUGUGCUGUUACUUAGUCGUGUGUGCUGCGAUGCAAGGAAAGAGAGGCGAAGCGCUAGGGAAUCGAGUGUCACAUGCACAGAAGCAGCAGACAACCACGGGUGAUAGUGCAGGAACGCAUGGGGAGGAAAGCCCCGGGAUGCAGCGCCGCUCUUUGUUUAUAAGGACUGUACAAAAAUCAUUGUCACGAUGCAAACCCCAGCUUGGCUUCCGCCAUGUUGGGACUCGAAGAGGCCUUUGUCUGUGCAAGGAAUUGUAAAGUGUCAUCAAAGCGCCCAUCCACCUAUGCGACUUCUUCAUUUCUAUGCCCUUCUCCCCUGUGCACACAGUUCUCCGGUUUUGUUGGAAAUGUGGGAUGCUAAUCGUUCCGUCAUCCCCUCCCUGAUCUUUUAAAGAAACUUGGGAAAGGCGUUGGAGACUCUUCUGUGAUUAAGGUGGCGCCAUUUUUCUUUUAACCUAACUCUGAGCAGAUGAAAUGUGCUCAGCACCCCAAGGCAGGCAGGCAGGCAGUUGUGUCCAGCAUGGCCUCUGACUCCUUGAGUCUGUUCCAGAGCGUCCUCCAGACUGCUCUAAAAGUGUUGUGUUUCAAGAAUGUGCAAAGUGUCAAUGGGCCGAACAUAGGGCAAGGCAAGAUUUCCCUCUCUGUUCAUUUCUCGUGGAACUUUUGUUUUCAAUUCUUUUUCUUCUUGUUUUCAUAUCCCCGUUGUAAAUAACGCGCGUUGGGGAUGCCUGUGCAAAGUGGGGGCCCAUGUGAAUUACUGUCUACACGAAACAUGGCUCUCUGGUGAUUUUGUGUGGAACACAGCGAGCAGAUCAGGGACUUGGCCAAGGGCUGGGAAUGCGAUCGCAGGGAGAGUUAUAUGUAUACACACAACAUAUAUAUAUAUAUAUAUAUAUUUAUAUACAUGAAUUUCCUUUUUAUGCUCUCGUGCAACUGCACUGGCAACAAAGCACAAAGUCGUUUCUCCCUCUCUUCUUUUUUUAAUUAGCAACUGCUUGUUCGUAGCUUUACUUGCCUUUAUUUAUUUCUCCCACCCCUUCUGUGCAGCAUAUGACCAGUUCUUCAUGCAGUUUAUCUAACAGAAAGCCGAGCAAAAUUUUGAUAGCUGGCCUGGGAAUUCUUUUAUUUAGCCGUAACACUCGUACCGUAUUUUCUUGCACAUUAAAACGGGAAAGAAAAUAAUAAAUAUUUUAUCAGAUGAAACAUAAUCGAUUAUUCCUCUCUUGGGCUGCUGUGCCAUUUUUUUGUAUUAUUUUCUUCUGUCUUAGGGCUUGUUUUUAUCUGCUUUUAAUGCACUUGCACUGUUCUUUUUUGCUUUCUUUUCUUGGGACGGGGGCUGCUUGGGGUUCCGGAGGGAAUCGCCAAAUCAGUGUGAGGCACUUCUCCGGGGUUUGCAAGCCUAUGCAAGUCAGAAAGUUGGCUUCCGUCAUCUGUCAUGGACCUUGUAGUAACAGUGAUGAGAGCCUGCCUUGGAAAUGCCUUUGUCUUUUCACACCUUGCAGCCAGCUGAACUUGUGCCCACAGCUGAGUGAGGGAUGGAAGCAGACACUUCAGCAGCUAUACUGCAACUUUGCUGCAGUGACAAAGUGCUUUAAGAUCACAGUAUUUUUAUUUCUUUUUUUCUUGGAAGUGCCAUAAUGUACCUUGUGCAGGAGGGAGGAACCAGGACAGACAACAAUGCAAAAAAAAAAAAAAAUGUCUGUGCUACAAGUGUGAGGAUUUUUUAUUUUUUACUGUCGCUCCGUGCUGUUGAUGCUGGUACUUGGCGACUUGCCUUUUCCUUGUCUUCUGCCACGACUAAGGCACUUUACUUGAUGGUAGCAAUUUUACAGAAAGCUUUUUCGAAUCUGCUCUCUGUGCAGGGGAGCCUGGUUUCAGCACUGCGGUGCAUUGAAAAGAUGCAUUGCUUGAACCAUGGGAACACUCCCUCCUCCCCCGAGACAACUGUUCUCAAGUCGUAGACUACUGGCUGUAGCUGGCCUCUCCUCCUGCCUCACAUUUUAUUUACAGAAACAGCCAACAGAACAGAUGCAGUUGUAAAUUUAAUAAUAUAUAGUAGCAACAGCUGUCGAAGGUUGAGCGAUAUUUAACAAGUGGUGAGCAGCUUGAUAUGCAAGUGUGCUUUUGCUAUUUUUUUACUGGCCUGUAGAUGAUAUGGGCGACUUUUCAUGCUUGAUCGUUUUUCUGGUCGGUUGGAAGGGGUGGGGUGUAGGGUAGAGGGGUCGGAGGCGAGUGGGGUCAAGUAGAGCAGUUGCUUAUAUCCUUUAAAAGCGCAUGUGUUGCAGGCUGCAUUGAGUUUUGCCUCUAAGCCAUGAGUUUCUUCCAAAGGCUACUAGAUCCAACCCGGCUAAUUUCACUCGCGUGUGUAUGCACAUUUCUUUUCCUCACCCUCUAAAGGCUGGGCAUUCUUCGUGCACAUGUUCAGCAUGACCGGUGCUUUGCCUGGACAUGUUUCCCUCCUUGAAAAAAAAAAAAGAAGUGCAGUUGUGGUUGCACUUGUUCAACUGCAUUCUUGAAGUUCAUGACGUAUUGUGGUGGCAGUCUUUUGAUUGACACAUUUCUAAUUAUCUUCCUUGCCUGGGAACUUUUGUUAAAGACAACCCCUGAGGUGUAGCUUUGUUACCCUCCCCUUUUGCCCAGCCCUUCCCUUCUCCACAUCACCCGUAUACAUAUACAUGUAUAUCUAAACUAUAUAAAUACCUAUAAAUAUAUAUAUAUCUCCAGAGAAUGUUUCUUUUGUUACCUUUGUGUUAUCAAUGCUGUACAUACAUGUAAAUAUUUUUCCACGUUAGAGGAGUGUGCAAAUAUUCAUAUGCCUCCUUGAGCCACGAGUAGUGGAGUCAUGGUUUUUUCGGAGAGAAAUGAGAUGAAAAGGAUGUAUUUGCUUUCUUACAAAAGCUAUAAAAUAUAUGCAUUUGAAAGGUA